UCAUUAUCAUGUGAGGUAACAUCAUCAAUGAGCCUCCAGUGAAACGUUGGUGUUUUGUCCUGCUUGCUAUUUAUCUGUUGUGACUAUAGAUCUGUUAGCUUGAUGCCUGAUAUGGGGUGUAAGUCAAUUUAAUUGUAUACUUCGAAAACUUUGGUCAUGAGGAGGCGUCAGCAUAAUUUUGUCAAUGGGAAAUCACAUUUAAUCAACUUACUGAAGCUCUGAAGGAGAUACGUACUGUGGGUUAAGAGGAGUCUGUAUUUAACGUAGAUUUCAAGAAGGCAUUUGAUCAGGUCCGCAUCCAAAGUUGUUGUGAAAAAUGAGAACUUGUGGUGUUGGGGCAAGAUAUUAGCAUGGAAAGAAAGAUAAGCAAACAUUAUGCAUAAGUAGAUCUUUGUCUGAUUGCAGGAUGUGCUGAGUGAGGUCUUGUAUGGGUUUGUGUUGUGCUUUCCACAAUUUACAUCUGUUACUUAGAUGAGGAAAAUGAAGACAUAGCUAAAUUUGCAGGCAGCACCUAGAUGGGUAGGAAAUGAUGUUGUGAAGAAGACAAGGAAUUUGCAGAGGAGUACAGGCUGAGUGAGUAGACAAAUACAGCAAAUUUUGUUUUUCUGGCAGCUCAUGAACUGGCACUCUGAAUAAAUUAGUGAAAAUUGUGCACCAGAAAUACCAGAUGUUUACUGUAUUAUCACAGUCUCCACUAUGUCUGAGUAGUCAGUUGAGGGUACUGGUGAGAAGGCUCUCUGUUGUGGAAGAAAAAAAGUAGGGUAUGACAUAAACAAGAACUACAGGAUUCUCAACUGCACAUGGAUUUAGGUGUUCUGCAGUGCAAGUCUCAAGAAGUUUGUAAUCAGCAAGGAGUGAUUUCCAGAUCACCUUUCCAAAUCUGGACUUGAUCAAACUUUAAGGAUACCUGUUGAAACCAAAUUCUGUAUCUAUCUCCCAGAAAGGAGAUUAUCAUCUACCAUCUUUUUGGAUAACUAGUGGACGGAUUAUAUGACAUCAAGAGGAUGUCUACCGUGAAGAAGUUCUUCUCCUCCCUCUGCAAGAAUCUGAGUAUUCUCCCGCUCCUUGGAUGUUGCCUGACUGGCUGUGCUUUUCCAACAUCACACUCUUCGACUCGGAUCUCCAGCAUCUGCAGUCCUCGCUUUCUCCCUUGCUGUUAGCUGGUCUGUCUCUCCAUGGCAGUGUUGUCUCUGCACUAUGAACUUUUAUCUUCCACUGGAUGAAAUGGAUGAUGGUCUCAUUUACAGAAUUCCUUUGCAACGAUCUUCAAAUGUGCAGGGGAAAUAUCCAAUUCAUGAUGACCAGACUCAGGGCUAUCUAGACAUGAUACCCUCUGGUGACUCGUUUAAGCGAAGACCUGACUAUGGUUUGCCAGGUUUUUCUCACAGACAAGAAGGGCGAAGAUCAAGUGAACAUGGUGCAGACAAGUUAAAGAAAAUUCCUUAUCCUCACUCGAGAUCUGAUGAUCGCGGAAGAGAUCCUAAACGUUCAAGGCUUGAACAUCGUAGCCGCAGUAAGGAUCAUCAUAGCAGAGAGCAACGUAGCCGCAGUCCAGAAAGACACCGGAGUUACAGGGCUAGAAGUUCUGAUCGGCGAAGAAGCAUUAGUCCUCCUCGGAAUCCGAGCAACAGUCAUGCACAGGAACAUUUUCCGUACAGCAAAAGUAAAAAUGAUGAAUUCCGUGAAUUGGAAAUUGCUCGCAGAAGGAAAGAGCAAGAAGAGAGGAUCAGAGCAGAAAUGCUACCUCCCCCUCAGCGGGAACUCUCAAACCGCACAUACGGUCUAUCUGAGCAUUUUGAUAAGAGUAUGUUAGGCAUUCAGCAGUCUCCCAGCAGUAGCUAUGUUUUACAUAGACCUGAUGAGGCUCCGCAAAUGCCAAAGAAAUCUAUCCUCAAAAAACGCACAGAAUCAGGAUUGGAGCCCUCCACUGCAAUGCAGUUUGAUGAGUAUCGUGGUGCGACAGUCAAGGAAAGCCCUGAGCAGCAGAAAAAUUAUGUUCCACCGCAAAGCUUCACACGGUUACCACAGCAUACAUCAAGUUAUGCUGAGACUGAACAAUUCUCUUUCAUGCGAGACACGAGAGACAUUCAUCAAAUCACUGAGCAAGGUGGUGUUCCUGGUCUGUCCAAUGCAAGUUUCCUUUUUGAGAGGGAUGCUCCAGUUAAGAUUGGCACAAAAUCCAAUUUGGAAAGAUCUGAGAUUCAGGACCGGGUUUCAGACUUCCUUCUCCCACAUGAACGGGCUGGUCAAGACGGCCAUGGUUUCUGUCGUAUACUUGGUUUAUUAGAAGAAUCUGAAAAUGGGAGCUUAGAAGAGAGGAGGAAGCAUAACUUUCCAGAUAUAGAGGAUGAGGAAAGGUUUCUCUAUGGAGAAGAUGAGGAAGAGAAUGCAGAAGGUGGGAAACAUAGAGGUGUUCUUGCAAACCGGAAUCUCCUGCCUGUAAGACAAACCAGUCUACCUGAAGGAGGAUCUAGCUUGGCAAGUGCAAAACCUGAGAAAGAAUAUGAAAAGAUCCAUGAUUUACUCAAGACCAUUGGACUCGAUAUAGGAGUAACAGAGAUUAGCAAACUGGCAGCCCGUACUGAGGAGCGGCUACAUGGGAAAAAACCUGUAACUCGAUCACCUGAGCACCCACUGGGAUCUCUCAAAACUGCUUCUUGGGAAAAGCGAAGAAGCCGAAAUGAGGCAAAAUCACCAGAACCUCAUACACAAACACGAGCAAGGUCACACAAACUGGAAAGUAUCUCUGGUUCUGUAGUGAGAGAAGGCAAGGAUCAGUUUAAUCGGGAAACAGUUGUGACAGCAAGAGAACCUGAGAAAGCACGAUGUUCUGCUGUAAUCCCAACAGUCCAUAAACCUGGUUUAUUGCCAAUCCCUUCACAAAAUUAUGCCAUUUCACCUUACGGGCAAUAUCCAGCACCUGCAGUAAAUUAUCCACCAAAUGCAUCAGUACCAAACUAUAAUCAAUAUGACCCUUAUGUCUCGUUGCCUGCCUCGAACUGGCCAAUGUACCCACCUCCACAAGUUACUGAGCCAUACGCUCAGCAACCAAAGAAUCGAAUGUUUGUGGUUAUGCAGCCACCGAAGGUCACCCGACCAAAUCUGAGGGUCAUUGAAACAGUUAAUGAUCCUGAAGACAUUGCAGACCACAAACAAAAGAAUUCUGUAUUGGUGCAAGUGCAGACAACACCUACUUUGACCCAAGUUCCGAUAGCAUCCUCAAAUCGGAUGGUGCUGAUGCCCGAUUUUGCUGAGGAGGAGAAGAGGAAAUCUGAACAGAAGCAAAAGGUUCUGGAAGAGAAAGCCAAGCUCCUCAAGGAGAAAGAAGCUCGGGCGAAACGUUUGGAUUAUCUUGGAAAUGAGCUGCAGAAGCUUCGAAAACAGCAAGGGGAAUUGCUAAGAAAGAAACGUCGUGAAAAGGAUGGACACAAAGACCCUCUUCUGCUUGAAAACGGCAAGCUACAGGAAGACAUUGUGCGCCAGAUGUCUUUAGUUCGCCAGCAGGUUGAGGAGACUGUUAAAAAGCUAUCGGAGCUGGAGAAAGUGGCUCAAAUCUUGGGGGUGGUGAUUCAAGAUCAAAGUUCAAAAUCAUCUGACAAGCACAAAGGUGAUAUCUUGGAAAAGGUGCUGCUAAAAGAAGAAAAAUCGGCAUCAUCAAAGGAGAUUUCAACAAGGAAAGGAUCUUUGGAGGAGUUGGAUGCUAAAACAAGGAAGCUACGUGAGAACCUCCCUGAAUCUAGGGAUGUGUAUGAAUACUAUGAUACAGGGAAUCACUGGUGCAAAAAUUGCAAUACCAUUUGUGGGACAUUGUUCGACUUUUUCACUCACAUGCAUAACAAGCGGCAUAGGCAGACACUGGAUCCUUAUGAUAGACCAUGGUCUGCAAAGAUGGCAAGUGAAGACAAAAACGAUUCUGUCAAGCGAACUGAUAAAAUAACAAUGCCAGCAAAAGGUUCAGAAUUUUUGAUGCCAGUCACUGGAUUUUACUGCCAGCUCUGUGAGGAGUUCUAUGGGGAUCAGAUUUGUGCUGAAGAUCAUGUCAAAUCACGUGGUCACAAUGAUAAAUAUAAGGGAUACUUAAAUGAGAAUCCUGUAUACGAACAAAGGAGAAACCUAGAUCGCCAGGCUGGCUUAGUUGUGAUUACUGAGACAGAGCGCCGGCGUCAGGCAGGUCUGAAGAGGAAAUUAGAUGAAGAGAAAGAGAUUCAGAAACGGAAAAGGCUGGAAGAGAGUGAUGAGAGGAAGGCGAAAUUAAUCAGACUGGCUAAAGAGGAGGGUGCGAAUGUCACUGAGCUGGAAGAAGAAAGAAGUGACCGUUCGUCCUCCCACAAAAUAGACCUCAGUAUCAAGCCAGGUAUAAAACUGAUGCUGAAAAAGGAUGAAGUUGAAGAUAAGAAAGAUGAGGAACAAGGCUCACCCUUUGGGAAAUUCAGCUGGAAAAAGCCUGAGAAAGAGGAGGAAAAAAUCAGCACAGUAGGAAUAAAGGAGGAAAGUGUUGAGGGCAGCAAAGAGAAAGAUGAUGGUAAGGGGCAGGCUGGAAAAUCUACUUCCAAGCUUAUUGAAAUUAAAUUGUCUGGCAAGACUCUUAUAGCUCAUACCAGCCCUUGGGUACCAUUCACUUCAGUAAGUACAACUACACAGGCAAAAAUCCGUCCCAAUCUUCCUGUGGCUAACGUACCACUGAGGAAGGCUAGUGGGUCAUCUGUAAAUAAACCAGCACCUUUGGAUACAUUUCUCUCCAUUCGAUCUUCAGGGGCUUCCAACAAACCACUACCUGUAGUUAAAGCUGGAGUGUUGUUAGCUCCUGAUGUGAUCUCCAGGGCUUUUGGUGGAGAAGAAGUGACUUUGAAAGGAAGCAUUCUGGAUGUACAUAAAGAACCUGAUCAUUUGGCUGAAGAACCUGCCCCUGGAGUGUCUGAAGGUGAGCAAACCAUAUUGGCUGUUCCAGUCCGCCCACCUCCACCACCAGCUAUGUCCCUCACUGACUCAAGUAAGAAAUCAGAGAAACCCAAAACCUGUCUGGCUGCUGCUAAUGCUAAAGAUUUGUACGGUAUUUACUACAGUAGCUCUGGAAAGACACCAGUUGACAAACUUGGUAACAGUGCUCAAAGUGCCAGAUUGGUGUCAGGUACUCUGAAAUCCAUAGCAGGACAAGUCAAAAAUAAGGAUGGAAAACUUGAAGAACUAAUAUGCUCUGAAAAUGCUACCACAGCUGUUCCCAAACCUACCACUGAGGGUAAGAGCAGUGAAAUUGAAACAGAUGAACAUGUUGAAAGGAGGGGAAUAUCUGGUCCACAAGCCAUGAGGCCACGUGAAGAUUAUGAUUUCAGCACAUCUACAACAGAAUUGCAAAAUAAAGCGAGCAAAGUGACUGGUCACCGCAAAACCUCAGCUGGAAAAGUAAUGAUUAACACUGCAGAACAAUCAGAUGAGGUUGCUAAAUUAGAAAUAUCCAAGUUGCCAUCAGAAAAACUAGAAGGUGAAGAAAUGAAUGCCCUGGUCUCAGACUGCACUGAAGAACAUCCCCCGCAGGAUGAUCACGUAGGCAUCAAUUCAGGCAAGGUACCUCAGGAUGUAGAAUUGCAAAUCUCUAUAUUAGAUGAUGCUGAACAGUCUCAACAAUCUGACAUCUCCAACACAGUUGAACAAGCUAAGGAUGUGGAAAUUGAUGCUGUUGUAUCAAAUGUUUCAGAACAGCCUCAACAGUGUCAUGAUUUGAUUAGUUCAUGUGCACUUAAGAUGAAUGACAUCGCAAUAGUUAGUUCUGUAUUUACUGGUGCAGGGGACAGGAGUGUACACAGUGCACUUGCAAUUGGAGGAGAUGUUGAUAAUACUUACAGACUAGAUAAUGUUGUGAAUCUGACUGAACAGUUUCAAGAGCAAAUCCAUGAAUUAGCUAGUAUUGCAGAACGUCAUCUGGAAGUGUGUAAUGCUCCAAAAUCGAAUAGAGAUAUGGAACUGGAUAGCCAUGCCUUACACAACAAUGCAAAUCAGCCAGCACAGUGUGAUACUGACUUGAAAGUCUCUGAACCACUAGAUGAAGUUAAAGAUGUGCAAGUAGAUGUUCAUCAGUAUGAUACUGGUGUAACCAUGUCUGAACCAGUUGAUGAGGUUAAAGAUGUACAAGUAGAUGUUCACCAGUAUGAUGCUGAUGUAAACGUGUCUGAACCAGUUGAUGAAAUUGAAGAUGUGCAAGUGGAUGUCCACCAUUGUGAUUCUGACUUAAAUGUAUCUGAACCAAUACAUGAGGUUAAGGAUGUGCAAUUAGAUGUUCACCAGUAUGAUACUGACAUAAUCGUCUCUGAACAAGUAGAUGAGGUUAAGGAUAUAAAAGUGGAUGCUUUCAUAUCUGAUAAUACCACAGAACAGUAUGAUGUUGGUUUCAGCAUCAUCAGUCCGGUGAAUGAAGUGAGAGAUGUAGAAAUAAAUACCUCCAUAUUAGUCGGUAUUAUGGAACAGCAGCAGUUUAGUGCAGUUGAGCCAGCGAGGUGUGAAGAAACAGGUGGCGGUAAAAUGGGUCAAAUUGGAAAUAAUGAAAUGAGCAAUUUGCUGCAGUCUGAUCUGUGUGAUAACCAUGUGAAAGGUGGUCCGAUCUCAAAUCGGGAAGAAAAAGAGUUGUCAGACACAUUACAAAUUAAACUUUUCAAGAGUGAGUUAAGCGCCUGUUGUAAGGAGAAGCAGGAUAUAGAUGCGAGUGCUUUACUACAGGCUGAGCAAUUUGGUACUCAGCAGGGUAUUCCUAAACCUACAGAGUCAUGUAGAGAAAUGAACAGUUCACAACAGACUAAGCAGCAUGAAAAUAGAGAGGUAAAUGUUGCAGUCACACAGCUGCAAGAUCAUGGUAGCAGUUUUCGUGAACCUGAGGAUCUGUCUGAAUGUGAAAAAGUUGAUAUUUCAAAUCAGACCAGGCAUAGUGACAGUCAGAUUAGCACCUCAAAUGUUAAAAUAGCAACAAGUGUAGCAGAAGCCCUAAAGCAGUCUCCACAGCUUCAAAGUGCUGAAAGGAAUACAUCAGACAUGGCACAGAAGGAAAGUAAAUCAAGUGUCUGUCAAUUAACAAAAGUUGUUGGCAGUGGCAAAACAGACACUAGAGAGGAAUGCAAGAGCAGUGGCAGUUCACGUACAUCCUCCAGACGAGCAGCACAAGUUGGAAAGGCUGCCAUGUCCUCACAGACCACUGCUAAAACAAAUGAAAAGCGUGAAUCGGAUGAGUCUGUAAAUGUUCAGGCCAAGCAGCCACGUCGCAGAAGUGCAAGGAAUCUUCGGUCAACAAAAUAAGGUUGUAAAAUCAUUCUGACAGAAGAGCAAAACAUCUACACGGCAGGAUGGAUAUCAUAUUCAGUAACAAAUAGUGGAGCACACAACUCAUUGUUCUUUUCUGAUCUGCAGACUAGGUCCUGAACUUUGUAUCCUAUUCCUGUCUGCAUCUCUGACUUUUUUGGAAAGAAAUUGUGAUUUUUUUUUUCUUUGGUGGGAAGGAGGGGUGGCUAUUUUUAGGUAUGCAUGCUGUAAAGUUCCAGCAAAGAUUUCAAUCACUUUGCAAGUGCUGUGUAGAAUUAUAAAUUUUUUUUCAUUUUGCAUGGUGCUGCAUUAUGUUGUAACGGGCACCCAGGACGCAGGCAUUCCACUUAAAAAAGAACGAUGUUUAAUUAAGUGUGGGGAUGUUUCCAAGUAGUGGCUUAGGCUGCUGAAGAAGACAGAAGGCUUUGUGUUGCAACACUUGUUAACUAGGUGAAGGACUAUAGUUUCCUUUUUUUUAAAGCAUAUUGCUCUUCUGUAAUUGGUUGCCAUUAGUAUCGUGGCCAGGAGAAAUCAUCUGGUCACUUAGGGUAUUUGAAUGGAUGGGAAAGGAUAUUUUUUAAAAAUAGUUUAUAGUUCUUUCUGUUCUAUUUCUAAUGUUGUACAUUAAACAGUGUAGUCAAAUCUGUGUGUCUGCUGUUUCCCUUGUUUCACAAUUCUGCAGCGUUGUCUCCCCUGAAUCACAAGUCUAUCUUUUCUUCGGAGUGGGAAGUGAAUUGGUAAGACAGGUUAAGAGCAUGGACCAAAAUUGUGAUUUUCAAUUUUUUGUAAAUGCUUUGCUUUGUAAUUUUGCUGUGAUGCAGUAACUUUCCUCUAUUGCAGCAUUUAGAGCAAUGCAGGAAUGAUGAAACAGGAUCCAACAAAAGAAGAUACUGAACUCAUUUCCCCUCUGCCAGAACACACAAUCACAGUAUCAUUGUACUGACAAUUUCUGUACAAUUCUGUUCUGAACAGCAAUGUUUAAAAAGAAAUCCUGUGAACUUGAUGCAUUGUAAUUGCAAAUUGCUUGGAUGACAUGUAUUUGCAUAAUUGCUAUGUUGAAACCUUAUAAAUAAAACUACUGCAUUGAACUGUA